AGACGGAGCGCCUGGGUUUGUUUCCCCGAGCGCGGGCCUGCUUUCAGCUGCACCCUGGACAGGCAAAGAUCCAAGGCACCUGGAAGGGGUUGGGGGACAGCCCGGCAGUUGACGGUGCUGGUUUGUCCACAAGUAGCAUGGGAGACCUGGGCCUAGGCCGGGAAUUCCACACCUGGCACCAAUUCAGCAUGUUCUUUGAUGACUGGUGUGAAAAGCACAAGGUGCUGUUCAUCAUUGCCAGCCUGAAGCCGCUCGUUUCGCUGCGACAGAACCAGCUGCACUAUCAGCCUAGCUUGGCGGAGACGUUACGCUUCCGUUUUGUGCGUCUCAUCUGCAAGCACAGUGGGACCUACGUGGGACAAAGCACAGUGAAACGAAACCGCCUCAGUGAGAAGAUUGACUGCCCAGCCUCUAUCACGUUGCGCCUAGGCCCCAAGAAGGACCGUCUGGUGGUAAUUGAGGCCAACUUGGAGCACAACCACUGCCUGUCAGAACUGGAAUUUGCCCACUACUUUAAACGGCAUCAACUGAGGGCCAGCUUGGGGCUGCCCAUCCGCAUUACAAACAGUAUUUCCAAGCGCUUCUUGGCGCCUGACCUCAUCUGGAACCUGGAGGACUACAGUAAGGCCAAAGAUAAGGGGAUGUGUGAGCUCUUGGCAGUUCUAGAUGGGCUCUUCAAGGCAGAUGCAGGAGCCAAAGUCAAACUGGUCUUCCAGGAGGACGUGGCUGUUCUUAACAGCAUCUUCUUAGCCACCUCACACAUGUGUGAACUGGUGAAGCGCUUCCCUGACCGCCUUUUCUUGGAGCGUGCUGCCUGCCUUGAUGAGGAUUUUGAGCUCUAUACAGUACUGUGUCAAGAUGCCAAUGGGCAUGGACGUGAGGUAGCCUAUUGCUUGGCACGUCAGGGGCUCCCUGACCUCCUUAUAUUCAUUGUGGCUUCACUGGUGCAGAGUGUUCCAGACAUCAAGUUGCAAGUGAAGGUACUCACGGUAGGAGCUGGUGUCACAGGGCUGGAUGCUGUGGAGGAAGUGCUGCCAUGUGCCCGGGUGCAAAUCUGCCGCCUGCAAGUCUUGGAAGCCCUUUACCGCAAGGCCUGUGAACUGGCAGUGCCAAAAGAGGACCAGAUUCGCAAUCUAUUGCUCAAUCUGGCUAAUGCUGAUUCACCACGGGUUUAUAGCCAGUAUCUCAGUGACCUGGAAGAUGUAGCUCCACUCUCUUUUCUGCAGUACUUCUUGGAGCGCUGGCACCCUCACAAAGGCAUGUGGGUAGAGUGUUGGGCCUUUGAGAAGAACAGGGAAUGUUCCUUCCUUGACCACCUUAGUACCCACCGCCAUAAGCUGCUGACAGCGCUCAAUCCUCCUAUGGCUCUGGCUUCCUGGGUCCGGGGUCUACUGGAUCUCCAGGCCUUGCAUGUGGAAACGUCAAGUCUCAGUAUAACACCAGUGGUUGAGUUGUACCACACCUCCUGCCCAUCUGACUAUGCAGAUCUGGUAGCUGAGGAACUAGACCUGGUGCCCCAUGCACAUUAUGAACUCAAGGAUAUGCACAAUGGGUUCCUCCUGGAAGGUAGCACAUGUUCCUUUCUGGUGAGCCAAGAUCUGACCACUUGUAGCUGCUCCAUUUAUAUGGCUCACCAGCUUCCUUGCCGGCACAUCUUUGCUGUACGUCUUUGGGUUGGGGAGCCCCUCUUUGACCUCAACCUUCUGCCCAGCUCAUCAAACAGAAAUCAAUAUACUGUGCAGCAGGAGGAAUGCCAGCUAUUGUAUUCCUCAGUUUAAAUAUUACCCCAUGUCAUACAUAUACUGAACAACAAUACAUAGUCUUGGUGACCACCUUGAUAGUUGUCAUUUUGGCACAAUGAAGAUGGUGGCAUCAUACUCCCACACAACUUUGUUAUAGUGCUCAGUUUGGAAUAAAUAAUAAAUUGAGAGUUGGCCAUCCAUCAUUAAAACAGUCUGGCAAUGCCUGCCCAUGUGCUCAAGGAUCGGUGGCUGUUAAAAUACAUGCUAGGAUUGAAGUACUGAAAAUCUCCACAGCUAUUGCAGGAAGAAGGGAAGAGAAGCACACCCAGCUUUAAAGAGCUGUUUCUAGAUCUCUCUUACCACUGGGUUCUGAGUAAAAAGCCUCCACAUAUAUGUUGAUAUGUGUUGACAUUCUGUAUCCAAAACUGAGUUCAUUCUGCAGAUCAAAGCAGAACAUUCCAAAGGAUGUCAGUGAGCAGAAUCAGCUGAGCAGCUUUUUCUUCAACAUUCCAUACCAAGAUAGUGCAAAUCCUCUUGUGAGGGAAGAUAGGUUUUGCACAGAUUAUGCAACUUGAACCUUGAUCCUGUGUGGGGUUAGAUGUAUCUGAAAUCACUAAGUUUAACUGUGUCCAAUUAAACAGGACCAGGCUGUUAAGACUAUUACACAGAACCAUCAAAGAAUUGUGUGGGAUGCUAAAAAGCCAUUUUCUAACAACUGAAAGUCAUGCUCAACAGCUUCCAGGUUUUUCCCCAGGAUGUAGUCAGGCAUUCCUGGUACUGGAUUCUGCACUGCCAUCACUUUUGGUACUUGUCAAAUACCACAAAGUAGGAAUAAGCAGUGCUUCUAAACCCUGUUGUAACAAGUCUUAUAUCAUCCUGUUUGUUUAUCUGAUCUAAUAAACUCCUAAUAGGAGUAAGGAUGAGCAAUUAGCUAUCCUUUCCAGCACUAUCGUCCAUAAGUUGAGGGACAAAUUCUGUAAAAUAAAACCUUUCUAUCUAUGUAGACUCACUGUGAUUUCAGUAAAAAAUACUGCAGUUUAUUCAAGACAUCAUAAUUAAACAAUGGCUUAUCAUGCUGUACAGAUCUAUAUGUGCUGGAUGACAGGUCAUCUAAUGGCAUGUUGUGAGGCAGAGCCAUUAUCCCACCAUCAGUGGCUAUAAUGUGGUUUUGUAAUACUUUUGUUUUCAAAAUUCUGAAUUCAAUAUUGAAAUGUCUCAAUAAAAAUACAUUAGAAAUAAAGACUUCGAAGUCAGAAUGUCUCUUCAAUCCUCAUUUAAAAACUAAAGGCAGCAGGAGCACUGUUUUGGCUAUUUGUGUAACGUGGAGUGGCAAUACUUUAUAGCAGUGAUUCUUAAAAAAUUUUCUCUCAGGACCUCUUCCCACUUUUAAAAAUUACGGAGGACCCAAAAGAGCUUUUGUUUGUAUGGGUUACAUUUAUCAAUAUUUACCAUA